AUGGGCGGUGUAAUAAACUCUCAACUUGAUUCUAAUUUUUUUUAUUUCGAUUUUUCACUUCCUUUUGAUGUUUUAUCACCAUCUAAAAACUUAACUUCGAUACCUGUUAAUAAUGCAUGGGGAACUGCAUCUGUUGGAGGAAUACAUAUAUCGGAAAUCUUUUUAUUUGGUGGGAUAAUGACGAAUAAAAAUAAUAAUAGUUUAAGCAAAAAUUUAGUAUAUUGUUAUGAUACAUUUAAUCAUACUUGGACUGCUCCAGAAAUUUCAGGAACUCAACCAUUAGGACGUAGAGAAGCCACUUCUACUUUUAAUCCUAAUAAUGGGUGGAUAUUUAUUUUUGGUGGAGCACCCGUCCAACCCUCCAAUCGUACUUUAUUUUUUAACGAUUUUAUAAUAUUGGAUUCAGUUGAAUUAUCUUGGGUUAAUUUUGAUCCACCUCCAAAUGGUCCAACAAGAAGGGCUUCUCAUACUGCAACACUUAAUACGAAUGGCUAUAUCGUUAUUAUUGGUGGAACUGAGAUGACUGAUAACCUUACUCUUCGAGAUGUUGACAUUAAUCAGAUUUGGUUAUAUGAUAUGAAUUCGGGGAAAUGGAUGAACCAAACUGCUGGAGGUGAUAAUGUUGGUGCACGUGGUGGCCAUACAGCUGUUUUAGACUCCAAUGGAAACAUUAUAGUCUAUGGUGGUAGUAAUGUUAACAAUAUAAGAUCCACACCGGAUCUUAUAAUACUUAAUGUUGCAACAUAUAAAUGGUCUGCACCAUCAAUCUCAUCAGAAAAUGCACCACCUCCACUCACUUAUCAUACGGCUGCUAUUUUUAAAGACUAUAUGAUUAUAUCAAAUGGUAACAUAACAAACGAUUUUUCUGGACCGUUAAGUUCCAAUUCAAAAAUGUUUCUGUUUGAUAUAAAUUCUCAAAAAUGGGUUGAAUCAUAUAUUCCACAUUCAGAUUCCAUUAUAAUUGAAAUUAUUCAAAUUACCGGAUUUGUUGUACAUGCAGUAGUAGUUAUGGGAUUAGCAAUUGUUUAUCUUUUUAAUUGUAUAGGAUCUAAAAAUAAAAAGAAGCGUGAUUCAACUAAAGAACUGUAA